GUGCAGCAGGCAAGCAAGCACCCAGCAAGCUCGGACGUCUUGCCACCAGAUUCUGGCAUCUUGAGUGAGCAACAUAACAAACUUCAAAGCUGCCAUCUCCGUAAACAAUCGCAAUUAACGUCCCGCCACAACCCCAAUCCAUUUGUCGCACCACACCUACCGCCAAACCCAGCGAGGGCAUACAUAACACUUUGCGACGACACCCACAACAACAGCAACCAUGCCCGAAACCACAACCCCCCCUGCGCCUUCGCGCGCCGUGUCGCGCCCGGUCAGCGAGGCACUCCUCAACGAAAAGUGGGACCGGUGCCUGUCGAACCUACUGAUCAAGUCGACACUCGGGCUCGGCUUCGGCGUCGUCUUCUCAGUGCUGGUGUUCAAGCGGAGGGCGUGGCCGGCGUUUGUCGGGGCUGGUUUCGGGGCGGGACGGGCGUACGAGGAGUGCAACUACAGCCUCAAGGCGGCGUCAAAGGAGAUCAAGAAGCAAGCGUGAAAUUAUAAAGGGGAAAGGGGGCGGAGUGUGUGUGUGUGGGAGACAGAAAGAGAUAGAGCAAAGAGAAGGAAGAAGAAAAAUCCAACGGGGUUUUCGCUCGGAUGCGGGCAUAAGGGUAUACAUAUUUUUCCUUUUUUCCCCCUUUCACGAGAGCCGGGAGUGAGGAAAGGGGGGGAGAAACCGGGUCGGUACCGCGGCAGCAUCACAGCAGCAGCAGCAGCAGCAGCAGCAUCGGUCAUUGGCGACGCCCCCCCGGUGGCCCAUGGGUUGAGAGCAGCAAUCACUGUACAAAAGCCUGUUCAAUCAUCUUAGACAAGACGACGACGCAGCAUCAUCACUGGGACAAUUCCAGUCAG